AGUUGCAGCCACUCAAUUUAUUCACACAAUUGGGAUAUCCAUGCUUACUAAUACCCCUUCCAUUGCCUCACCACCAUCAUCAAAUCGCCCAAUGGAUGUUUCUUCCUGGCUUUCUCACGCACCAGCAGGGAUGCCCACUCUCGCCAUCCUCCUCCUCCUCCUCCUCCUCCUCCUCCUCUCCCGCCGUCUCCGCCGUCCAAAUCUCCCGCCGGGACCCAAGCCUUGGCCCGUCAUCGGAAAUCUCCACUUGAUGGGUUCUCUGCCGCACCAAUCCAUUCACCGACUCUCCAAGAAAUACGGCCCCAUCAUGCAGCUUCGUUUCGGCUCAUUCCCCGUGGUUGUUGGAUCCUCCGUCCAGAUGGCUAAGCUUUUCCUCAAAUCCCAUGAUCUUAACUUCGUGUACCGCCCCAAAACCGCGGUUGGAAAGUACAUGACUUAUAAUUAUUCCAACAUAACUUGGUCUCAGUAUGGGCCUUACUGGCGUCAGGCUCGGAAGAUAUGGUUGUUGGAGCUUUUCAGUGCCAAGCGACUUGAUUCUUACGAGUAUAUCCGACGGGAAGAAAGGAAUGGGCUGCUUAAACAAAUAUACAAUUCUUCUGGAAACCCCGUUAAGCUUAAAUUGUACUUGUUUACUCUGAGUUUGAAUGUGAUUAGUCGGAUGGUGUUGGGGAAGAAGUACACGGACGAGUCGGAGAAUGGCAUCGUUAGUCCAGACGAGUUCAUGGAAAUGAUGGAUGAGUUGUUCUUGCUGAGUGGUGUGCUAAACAUUGGGGAUUUAAUACCCUGGAUUGAUUUCUUGGAUGUGCAGGGGUAUGUGAAGAGGAUGAAGGCAAUAAGUAAGAAAUUUGAUAGGUUUCUUGAACAUGUGUUGGAUCAGCAUGAUGAAAGGAGGCAGGGAGUGGAGGAUUAUGUGGCACAAGAUAUGGUGGAUGUUUUGUUGCAAUUAGAUGAGGAUCCUAAUCUUGAAGUCAAACUUGGAAGGCAUGGAGUGAAGGCAUUAACUCAGGAUCUUAUAGCAGGUGCAACUGAUACCUCAACAGUGACCGUGGAAUGGGCAAUGUCAGAGCUUUUGAAAAGUCCAGAGAUUUUGGAGAAGGCAACAGAGGAGCUUGACAGAGUGAUUGGAAGGGAAAGAUGGGUAGAAGAGAAAGACAUUGUGAAUUUGGAAUACAUGGAUGCGAUAGCAAAAGAGACGAUGAGGCUGCAUCCUGUGGUGCCAAUGUUGGUGCCCAGAUUGAGUAAUGAGGACUGCCAAAUUGCAGGCUACGACAUACCCAAAGGCACCAGGGUGCUCGUGAAUGUGUGGACCAUUGGGAGAGACCCUACAGUGUGGGAGAACCCAGAUGAGUUUAAUCCAGGGAGGUUCGUGGGGAAGGACAUAGACGUGAAAGGCCAGGACUUCGAGCUUCUGCCGUUUGGGUCUGGAAGGAGGAUGUGCCCUGGGUAUAGUCUCGGUCUAAAGGUUGUGAUGUCGACUCUAGCCAAUCUGGUGCAUGGAUUUACGUGGGAAUUGGGUGGAGAUUUGAACAUGGAGGAAGUGUUUGGCCUCACAACUCCCAAGAAAUUUCCACUCCAGGCUAUAGCACAACCUCGCCUUCCGCCUCAUCUUUACUCUGUCUGAUGGACUGAGUUGGUGGUGUAAUUUCAAAUAUGAAUUUGAAUGUUAUGUUAUAAUAAUUUGGUUUGAAGUUUAUUGGAGUGAGCUGACAAAGACGUAUAUUUA